CUUCUGGCGCCCUCUGGAUCCAGGUCGGCGGGGGCCGGCGCCCGGUGGCCACGUGGUGGUGCUGCCGCUGCCCCCGCCCCACCGGCCCAGCCCGGGAGCCGCGGCGCCCACUGACCCCCGCGGCGGGGGAGGAGGGGGACGGAGGCGCAGGAAGCCGAGCAGGAAGCGAGCCCGGCGGCCGCGUUUUCCUGGGGAAGCGGCGGGUGGGGUGGCGCAGCCAGCGGGGCCGGGGAGCCGCCGCCGCCGCCGCCUCGAUGGGGUGUUGAAAAGUCUCCUCUAGAGCUUCCGAAGGCUGAAUGGGCCAAACAUGAAGAGCUUGAAAGCGAAGUUCAGGAAGAGUGAUACCAAUGAGUGGAACAAGCACGAUGACCGGCUGCUGCAGGCCGUGGAGAAUGGGGAUGCGGAGAAGGUGGCCUCGCUGCUGGGCAAGAAGGGGGCCAGCGCCACCAAGCACGACAGCGAGGGCAAGACCGCUUUUCAUCUUGCUGCUGCAAAAGGACAUGUGGAAUGCCUCAGGGUCAUGGUCACACAUGGUGUGGAUGUGACAGCCCAAGAUACUACCGGACACAGUGCGUUACACCUCGCAGCCAAGAACAGCCACCAUGAGUGCAUCAAGAAGCUCCUGCAGUCUAAAUGUCCAGCCGAAAGUGUUGACAGCUCUGGGAAAACAGCUUUACAUUAUGCAGCGGCACAAGGCUGCCUUCAAGCUGUGCAGGUUCUCUGUGAGCACAGGAGCCCCAUAAACCUCAAGGAUGUGGAUGGGAAUAUACCGCUAAUUCUUGCAGUACAAAAUGGCCACAGUGAGGUCUGUCGCUUUCUCCUGGAUCACGGAGCAGAUGUGAAUUCCAGGGACAAAAAUGGAAGAACUGCUCUCAUGCUGGCUUGUGAGAUUGGCAGCUCUAACAUUGUGGAAGCCUUAAUUAAAAAGGGUGCAGACCUAAAUCUUGUAGAUUCUCUUGGAAACAAUGCCUUACAUUAUUCCAAACUCUCAGAAAAUGCAGGAAUUCAAAGCCUUCUAUUAUCAAAAAUCUCUCAGGAUGCUGAUUUAAAGACCCCAACAAAACCAAAGCAGCAUGAUCAAGUCUCUAAAAUAAGCUCAGAAAGAAGUGGAACUCCAAAAAAACGCAAAGCUCCACCACCUCCUAUCAGUCCUACCCAGUUGAGUGAUGUGUCUUCCCCAAGAUCAAUAACUUCAACACCACUUUCAGGAAAGGAAUCAGUAUUUUUUGUUGAACCACCCUUCAAGGCUGAGAUCAGUUCUAUACGAGAAAAUAAAGACAGACUAAGUGACAGUACUACAGGUGCUGAUAGUUUAUUGGAUAUAAGUUCUGAAGCUGACCAGCAAGAUCUUCUUGUCCUACUGCAAGCAAAAGUUGCUUCCCUUACUUUACACAAUAAGGAGUUACAAGAUAAAUUACAGGCCAAAUCACCCAAGGAGGCAGAAGCAGAUCUAAGCUUUGACUCUUACCAUUCCACCCAAACUGACUUGGCCCCAUCUCUGGGCAAACGUAAUGAAAUGUCUCCUGAAGACUCCAAAUCAUCUCCAUCUGUCCUAACACAUUCCCUGAGUAAAUCCACUAUCAACAGUGAUAUGAGAAUUCAGCAACUACAAGAGAUGUUGCAAGACUUGCAGAAGAGAUUAGAGAGCUCUGAAGGAGAGAGGAAACAGCUACAGGCCGAACUCCAGUCCCAAAGGACAGAACUGGUGUGCUUAAACAACACAGAAAUUUCAGAGAAUGGCUCUGACCUCAGCCAGAAACUUAAAGAAACACAGAGCAAGUAUGAGGAGGCUAUGAAAGAAGUCCUUAGUGUGCAGAAACAGAUGAAACUGGGUCUCCUCUCACCUGAGAGCGUGGAUAGUUACUCACAUCUCCAAGAGCUGAGGGUCACUGAGGAGGAGAUAGAUGUGCUGAAGCAGGAUUUGCAGAAGGCACUAGAAGAAAGUGAAAGAAAUAAAGAGAAAGUAAGAGAGUUAGAGGAAAAACUUAUAGAGAGGGAGAAGGGUGUAGUGAUUAAGCCCCCUGUGGAAGAGUAUGAGGAAAUGAAAAGUUCAUAUUGCUCUCUUAUUGAGAAUAUGAAUAAGGAGAAAGCAUUUUUGUUUGAGAAAUACCAAGAGGCCCAAGAAGAAAUCAUGAAGUUAAAAGACACACUAAAAAGUCAGAUGACACAGGAAGCCAGUGAUGAAACUGGGGACAUGAAAGAGGCCAUGAACAGGAUGAUAGAUGAACUCAAUAAACAGGUGAGCGAGCUGUCACAGCUGUACAAAGAAGCCCAGGCUGAGCUGGAGGAUUAUAGAAAGAGGAAAUCUCUAGAGGAUGUAACAGCCGAAUAUAUCCAUAAAGCAGAGCAUGAGAAACUGAUGCAAGUGACCAACGUGUCCAGGGCUAAAGCAGAAGAGGCACUGUCCGACAUGAAGUCUCAGUAUUCAAAAGUAUUGAAUGAGUUGACCCAGCUGAAACAACUGGUAGACGCACAGAAAGAGAACUCUGUCUCCAUCACAGAACAUUUGCAAGUGAUAACCGCACUGCGGACUACUGCAAAAGAGAUGGAAGAAAAAAUAAACAGUCUUAAAGAGCACCUUGCAAGCAAGGAAGCGGAAGUGGCAAAGCUGGAGAAACAACUCCUAGAAGAGAAAGCUGCUGUGACCGAUGCAAUGGUAUCCAGGUCUUCCUAUGAAAAGCUCCAGUCAUCCUUAGAGAGUGAAAUGAGUGUGUUGGCAUCUAAAUUAAAAGAGUCAGUUAAAGAGAAAGAGAAGGUCCAUUCCGAGGUUGUCCAGAUCAGAAGUGAGGUCUCACAAGUGAAAAGGGAAAAGGAAAAUAUUCAGGCUCUCUUGAAAUCCAAAGAGCAAGAAGUAAAUGAACUUCUGCAAAAAUUCCAGCAAGUUCAGGAAGAACUUGCAGAAAUGAAAAGGUAUUCUGAGAGCUCUUCAAAACUAGAGGAGGAUAAAGAUAAAAAGAUAAAUGAGAUGUCGAAGGAAGUCACCAAAUUGAAGGAGGCCCUCAACAGCCUCUCGCAGCUCUCCUACUCAACAAGCUCGUCCAAAAGACAGAGUCAGCAGGUGGAAGCGCUGCAGCAGCAGGUCAAGCAGCUACAGACCCAGCUGGCUGAAUGCAAGAAACAACAUCAGGAGGUCAUUUCAGUUUACAGAAUGCAUCUUCUAUAUGCUGUGCAGGGCCAGAUGGAUGAAGAUGUCCAGAAAGUACUGAAGCAAAUCCUUACCAUGUGUAAAAACCAGUCCCAGAAGAAGUAAAGUGGAUUCCUUGGUAGGACACUGCCAGAUGUUGCCCAUUUUUGUUAGAUCAGGAGUUGCUGGCAACCACUGCCAUCGUUCUCAUUUGUGGUAUGCACUGUGACCUAGCAUAGUAUCUUCACUUUCCAAAGGUUUCUGAGGACUGGGCCCAGAAGACUGCCCUCCUCAGAACUGCUUAGAGACUUCAAGCCAGCAGAGGUGAAAGUCCCUGUCCCUUCAGAUUCCAGAGCUGGGAUUAGCCACACCCAGAGGUCUGGUCCUGAGGCUGGCAGGUGGGCCGUCCUUGGUACCUGCCCAGCUGAAUGGCUUCAUCGCCACCGAGUGAUAUGCUGAGGCAUCUGUGCAGUGAAGGCUGCUUUACUGCCUGCACUCAGGCUGUGCCAUUCAGCACAGCAGAGGUCUUUUCACCUUUGGCUUCCAAUCCCAAAACAUGAUUUAAUUUCUAACCAAAUUAGUAUGGCACUAGUUACAAAGUGCAUGCUUAAGACCCUUUAUCAUGAUAUCCUGUGGAUUAAAAAACUUUAAUUCCAUUUUUCCCCCAUCUGCCUUUUAUAUCUCAUUACCCUGCUUAUCAAUCUGUUUGAUGAGCACUAUUAAGUAAAAUAUGAAAAAAAAAAAUUGUUCUUAAAAGAUUUUUUUAAGUAAAUCAUUAACAUAUUGCAAAUUUUCUAUGCAAACUUGCCUCCUGCUGUUAUCCAUGAAGCUCAGGAAAUCCAAAUAUUUGUGUUUCAACAAGGGACAGUAAACUAUGUGUUUACAGCCAAAAGAAAUGCCUCAUAGUUCUUAACCUCGAUUUUUUAAGUGUUUUUUUCUCUAUUUUUAUUGGCUCUUUAAGAUGUUUUCAUAUCUAAAACCCUAAAUAAGUGAAAUAAUGUUAGAUUAUAUUAACAAAAUAUUUUUAGGUAACCAUGCUUAAGACUUUUUAAAAAUAUAACUUUUUCCUCAAAGUUUUCAGCUAUAGCAAAAGGUAGUUAUGUAUUCCAAACUUAAUAUGAGCUGCCACCAAUACCCCUAGGACUUUUCUGCCAUGUGUCCUCAGAACUGUAGUACAUUUCUGAAUAGAACAAAUCUUCUUUUUACCCGUUGAACAUUUUUGAAAAAUCCUAACUCUACCAGUGCCCAUAAAUUAUCUCCGGAAGGACUGUUAGUACCAAUCAGUUUUUCAGUUUUGAACUAAAAAAUCCUGAUAUGGUAAUAUUAUGGUGCAUAGCAAAGGUCUUGGGAAAAAAAUAUUUCUGUUCACUUUACUUUCAGGCUAAAAAAUGUUUCUCGCUUGCAGCUUCCCUUCCAGCAUUGAUCUUACUGAGGGAGAUAAACAGAAUACAGAACUCUCCAAACUAUGUAACUAAAAAGUGUAGGCCUGCUCUGACAGGGCCCAUGUACCACAGGGCUGCCUGGGCUCAGAGGACGCUUGCUGUUCUGGAUGAUGUGUUAAUCUGUAUUGGAUGAGGACCAACAACAGCAAUGCAAAAUAAAUUUAAAGUUUGGUGUUACUUUUCUUAAGUUGUUUAAUUAUAGUUAAGCAAUUUCAAAAAUGCUUCAAAGAAAUGUGAAAGGACUUUUUGUUGUAGCACUUAAAAAAUACAAAACAAUGCCCCUCCUGUCCCCACACAGAAAUGCUGCGGAGUAUAAAACUUGAGACAUUUUGUAGGAUGCCUGACAAAGUGUAGCCUUUUAUCUUGUUUCAGGAUGCAUAUUUAUUACAAGUACUCUGGUUAAAUAUUGAAAAGUUAUAUGAUGUAGUUUAGUAUUUUGUCUUUGUAAUUUACAGAAG